AUGGGAGACCUGUGGUUGCUCCUGCUCCUGCCCCUGUCCCUGGCAGCCUUCCAUGGGGUCAAAGGCUGUUUGGAAUGUGACCCCAAAUUCAUAGAGGAUAUUAAGUCCCUGCUGGCAAAGCUGGUGCCCUCAGAAGUCCCUGGUCGAACCCACCUGCUUGAACGGCAGGUUAAGGAGAUGAUCCAUUUAAGCUUCAAGGUCUCCCACAGGGACAAGAUGCUUCGGGUGUUGGAUGUUCAAAAGGUUGUCAAUUUGAGAACAUGGCUGAAGACUCAACUUUAUAAAUUGAGCAAUGAAACAUGGAAAGGUGCCUUUAUCCUUCAAGGCAAGCUUCUAGAUGUCCGCCAAAACCUGGAAUCCAAACUGAAUGAAAUAUUAAAGAACUUCUCUGAAGUUGUUGUGACUGAAGGUCCUAUCCUGGAUUGUUGGACCUGUCUUCGCAUCAACGCCCGGUGCUUCAAAGGAGAGUAUUGUUCAGAAGAUGAUCCAAAGAAAGCCGAGAAUCGAGAAAUUGCACUAUUUCUGAUAUUGCUAGCAGAAGUUGUAAUAUUGGGAAGUUCUUUGUUACUAUUCCAUUUCUGUGUCUCUCAUCGGAGGAAAAUGAAGGCAAUACGAAGGUCAUUAAAGAAAUAUCUGGAGAAGAAACUUGAGGAAUUAAUGGGAAUAAUGGAUGAGAAGGAGAGAAGUUUUGGAGUCAGAAAGUAA